AUGCUGCCCCGUUGUCGGUCCAAGCUUCAGCUCGUGUUUCCAUUGUGCCAAAUGAAAGGCGAGUAUGACGACACAAUACAGAGUGCACUGGCCUCUGCUUGCGGAAUACGGCUGAAAGUUUGCUGCCGGAGGAUUCUCUGCGGGAGGCUGCGCGUGAGGCACGCAGCUCAGCUUGCCGGGCUGUUGUUGCUGCUGUACGUCCUGUUCACGUGGCCUCAUUUUCCGGGGCCAAGUAGCCACAGCAAUUUGUCGCCAGAGUGCGAAAGCAACGGCAGUGACUGGAACGCAGAGUGGGACAUGUCCAGCCCAGGCACUGAAGCGACGCUCGAAGCCUGCGCACUUAUCUACCCCAUGUCUCAUUCCGAAUUGGAAGAUGCGGUUCCUCAACUCAAGUCCUGUGUUGUCACCACGUACGCCGCACAUUUCCAGCGGGUUAUGGAGCAGACGACUUGCCGCGCCAAGAGUCUCGAGGAUGCUGACAUCAUCUGGAUGCCUGCAUACUUUGGCUGUAACUGCAAUUGGCCAACCUACGACGGCGGCAGGUGCGAGUCAACCGGGAAUGCUGUCCGUCUCGGAAAUAAGUGUGUGGAGGAGGUGUUGCUCGGGGUGGACUACAUCCUUGCAGAAGUGUGGAAAACUCGAAGCCACAAGCAGCCACGUGUGGUGAUUCUGGACGACAAUGGCCACGAAGCUCCGGACUGUUGCAACUACUUUAGCAUUCCACCUGGGCUUUGGCAAGGCCAGCCCUGCUUCAACACUCACUUCCUGCCCGCUGAACACUAUGCGCGGCCCGAGCUCCUUUGGGCAUUCCGUGGUGCGACCUGGCCAAUGUACCGCAAAGGGAUUGACAUCGCCUUGCCCUCGCCACCCCACGCUGCGGCCUCUUGGCCGCCAGCCAGCAGCCCUCUGAAGUCACGGAAAUACUUUGCAACCUUCAAAGGGAAGCUGCUGAUGCAUCCGAUACGGGUCUACACGCACAGGCAUUUCCACAACAAGACUUAUGAGGGCAAAAAAGUGGUGAUAGCAGAGCGCAUGACCGACGAGUUUGUCAAGGGUUACGGCGAGGUACUGCACGAAACGGUCUUUUCACUACUGCUGCGAGGGGACACUCACUCGACUCACCGGUGGAACGACGUGGUCUGCUCAGGCUCAGUUCCGGUUCUCGUUACGGACUACAUGAUUCCACCGUACAACGAGUUGGUUCCUUUUGAAUCGUAUGGCGUUUUCGUGCGAGAGAGUCACAUUGACAGACUCAUGGACAUCCUCCAAGCUGUCAGCGAGGAGGAGCGGGAGGCCAAGCGCGCUGCUUCGCUGCGGGCCUGCCGGAGCUUCUUUCAGACGGUGGAAGUCCAGGCCUUGUCCCUGCGAAGGCUGCUCGAGGCCCCACUGCCGCGACAGCGGAGAAAUCAAAAAGGUUUGUUGCUUGCAUUGCCGUGCCAUGUCGUGAUUUGGAAGCUGCUUUGCUUGAUGAUCCUGGUUGGCGUUUGCCUACUGGGGUGCUGGGCCGCCCUGUGUUUACAUGGCUGCAGCCUGGAAGUUCGCAAGGAGAAGGCACGCUUGGAGCAGAAGAUCGCGGAACUGCAAGGUGCAAGCCAGCGAGAAAGGUACGGAUCUGGCCGAGGUGUGGUCCUCGUCGGCGGAUCCAACCACCACGUGAGCCAGCAUACUCAUUCGUAUACCUUUGAUGCUCUGCUUUGCGUGGCGAGCCUUCGCCGCACGGGCUCCUCUCUGCCUGUGGAGCUCUGGCACCAGGGCGAUGCACACUUGCUCUCGGCAAAGCUUCCGGAGCACGUUUUUCUCCGCGACUUCCGGGAUGUGGCAUCAGAGAACCUGGAAGGAUAUGCGCUCCCUGCAGUGGCAAUGCUCCACUCCAGCUUCGAGGAGUUUCUCUAUCUGGAUGCGGACAACACAGUCCUCCUCGACCCAGCACCCCUUUUCGAGAUCUCUGCGUAUACGACCCUGGGCGCAGUCUUCUGGCCAGACUUCCCGUCUUUCAGAAGAGACAGCUUGAUCUGGCGGAUGACAGACCAGCAAUACUACCCGCUGCAAGAGGUUGAGAACGGCCAGCUGCUGAUCCACCGGAAUAGGCAUUUGGCGAAGCUGGAGCUGGCCUAUUACUUCAGCAUGAACAAGGAUUUCUACUUCAAGAUCACACUGGGCGACAAGGACCUCCUGAUGAUGGCAUUCCUGGCAUUUUCCACGCCGUUCCACCAGGUCUCCACACCAACUGGGGCCAUGGGCUACACAACGGCAUCCGGUGCUUUCUGCGGUCACACGAUGCUGCAGCAUCAUCCUUCGCGCGAAGACUUGCCAGUAUUUGCCCACCGAAAUUUGCUGAAGUGGUCUGCCAACUUGGACCUGCACACCCCGUCGUGGACCGCUGUCAAGCGGGGGAGAUCCACCGCCCUGACGCCAGGGAAGCAGCCAGGCCACCAACAGCUCGCCCCUGGCUGUAAGUGCGAUGGCGCACACUAUGCCGACGAGAACUAUUGCGUGGACUUAGACACAGACCAGGACAAAUCUGCCAAGGCCAGCAGUCUUCUGGAAACGGCUGCUGCACUGGAGCAGGCUCCGGGAGGCGCUCCGAGCUGGGCCGACCUUGAGAAGCGACUGGUGGGUGACCUGGGCCUCCUCCGCGCCAACAUGGUUCUAGGAGCCACUGGCGUGCACUGUCACAGGUGCUUAGCCGAACACCCUGAGCUUCAUCGUAUAGCCCUCACGUUCUACGGCUACCCAGGGCCGAACGGAGUCUUCUCAGCCGCCUUGGGCCUCCGCUCCAAAGCACGAGCGGGAGCAGACCCCCAGCCGGCCUUCACCUUCGAAGCCAGCGAGGAGCGCUGCAGAAGAGGUUUGGCUUAUUUGGAGGCUGAGGGCAUGUCCAAGUACGUUAACCUUCGCUGUGGAAUCCUCUGCGAGAACAUGACGGAAGAGGGCUGUCGCAGGUACUUGACUGGCACGGUCUGCCCGGAACGCCUGGACUUCCUCUCCAUCGACUUUGCUUUGGGCGUGCCGCCGCUGAUUUAUCGAAGUCUGCUCACGGCCUGCAG